GAUGAUACUCUCUCACACGUUCUCUUCGGUCCUCCUUUCGUCAUGGCAUGUGUCUCUUGAUACUAACCUUUCUCUCUCUACAAAGGCGUUCUCUCUCUCUGGCUUUCAGCUAAAAAGGCUUCAACUUUAACCAGUGGCCCUGUUUUCUUCCUCAAAUCGUAAUGGAAAUGGCGGAAGGUAUUAAAUUGUAAUUUUACACGAACUGGCGGGAAAUCUUUAGAGUGAUUGUAUCAGUAUCGCUCCUCAUGCACCUUCAUUAUGGAAUUAUAUUCUAAUUCUAUUACUUGGACGAUUCCUGGAUUGUGAGAGGAGAAUUGGGAUUACUUUAGUCAUCAGGAAACACAUUACAUCAGGUUGUUUGACCUUGAUAGCUGUUAAUACUUUAUUUAUAAGUUUGUGCUUUAUAUUUACACUUGCAAAGAAACCGCUGGGGAAACAGGAAGCAUAAGUUUAUCAGCCAGUGGUGAUGCUUAGAUCAUCUGUGACUAGACCUUCUUUUGACCUCAGUUCUGAGCUGUUUUUCAAUGACCAGGUGAUUAGCAUAAGUAGAGCCAUGAUUCUUCGGAUGAUCAGAUUGAGACUAAUAUGCCAGUAACUCUACCUCAGUAUCUUUCUAUUCUGAAGCAUGGCCCCUCGAUCUCUCCGCUUAAUCUCCAAAAGCUCAACUCGAAGGCUUCUUUUUGGUAUACCCUUGGUACUUGUGUCAAUUUUUAUGAUCGGAAUCUUCACAUAUGCCCAGAAAAUCUCCUAUUUUUUCCGUCCACUUUGGGAUAAUCCCCCUCCUCCCUUCGAGCAUCUGCCUCACUAUUAUGCAGAGAAUGUUUCAAUGGAACAUCUUUGCCACCUUCAUGGUUGGUCUCUACGUCAUGAACCUCGUCGUGUCUUUGAUGGCAUCAUCUUCAGCAAUGAGCUAGACAUUCUUGAAGUCAGAUGGCGUGAGCUUCAUCCGUACAUCACUAAAUUUGUAAUCCUUGAAUCUAACACCACUUUUACUGGUGUACCUAAACCCCUCUUCUUUGCCUCAAACCAGGGCCGGUUUGCCUUUGCUGAGGGCAAGAUUGUACAUGGUGUAUUUUCUGGCCGUACUACUAUCCAUGGGUGUCAUGAAGAUCCUUUUGUGCUCGAGUCAGAGCAGCGGGCAGCUAUGAAUAGUUUGAUUCUCCGUUCAGGGAUUUCAGGUGGUGAUUUGCUUAUUAUGUCAGAUGCUGAUGAGAUUCCAAGCCCUCACACAGUGAAACUACUACAAUGGUGUGAUGGAAUACCACCAAUCUUGCAUCUGGAACUAAGGAAUUACAUGUACUCAUUUGAGUUCCCUGUAGAUUACAGUAGCUGGCGUGCUACAGUCCAUAUUUAUGGCCCUUGGACCAGAUACCGGCAUUCACGUCAAACUGACAUUAUCUUUUCUGAUUCUGGAUGGCAUUGUAGCUUUUGCUUUCGAAGACUUCAGGAAAUUGUGUUCAAGAUGACUGCUUAUAGUCAUGCAGAUAGAGUGAGAAAAAAAGAUUAUCUAAAUCACUCGAGGAUUCAGAAAAUCAUUUGCACUGGAAAUGAUCUGUUUGAUAUGCUCCCAGAGGAAUACACAUUUCAGGAGUUGAUUAAGAAGCUGGGUUCAAUACCUCAUUCGGCUUCUGCAGUUCAUCUUCCUGCAUAUUUGUUAGAAAAUGCAGAGAAGUUUAAGUUUCUUCUUCCUGGUGGAUGUUUACGAUCGGCAGAAUGAAGGUUAGGUUAAUGAGCAGCCCCAAAUAAUACGUGAGAAAAUGUUUAGAUGUUAGUUCUGUACUAAACUUUGUCUUGCUUUUUCCUCUUGAGGCUUGAGUUCAUAAUUUUAUUGGGGAUACAAAGGCCGUAUCACCCACUUCAUUGUGUUGCAAUCGUUGCGUAUGUUUUUGAAUUCCUGAUAGUAGAUGAGAACAAUUUUUUAGAGAGAUUUUUUUUUGGCACCA